AAAGCAGAAAAGCUAUGAAAAAUUAAAUCUAGUUUUCUGCUAAAAUCGAUAUCUACAUUGUUUGUUUUCAAUUGUUAAACAUUAUUUCGGCAGUAUUUGGUUGCUUUUUGUUUUGUAUAUUUUAUUACCGGUCUUAUCAUUGUUAAGACCUCCGCCAGUUAUUUGUUUACGAGAAGAAAAAGCGAUAAAAGAAAAAGAAAAUAGUGUACGAUUUGGAAGGAGUUUAACAUGAUCUUCUCUUCCAUUAACCAAAAUAAUAAUCAACAAAUAUAUUACGAUUCAAACUCAAAUCCAACAUCACAUAGGUACGGUUCACUUCGGGUGAACUUGAAUUCUAUGAGAAAAGAUAAGUUGAAAAAGUUCAAGACAUCAAUUUUCAGAAGACAUAUCAAAAUGCCUACAACGGUGACAAUUGCUUGUCUAGGAGCCUAAAGAACUAAGAUUUCAUUAGGAGCUCAAGAAGAGUUCAACAAAUUCUAUACAAAAUGGUUGCUCAAAAGAUCACCUGUCCGAGUCGGAGCGACGAUAUCGGAAUCAAUCAGUUCAACUCAGACACCAAAAGAUAUGGUUUUUUCGCAAACGAGUCACAAGACUCAAAGUAUUUUGAAAGUGGUAGAAAUAGAUCUUUUAAAGGCAGAAAAGAGUCAACAGGUGAACGGCACGACCGGAGUGGUUACAGACAGACACACAGUCGCGACGCCGUCGCCUGCCGCAGCCGCCAGUUAUUCCGAGGUAUUUCUGAAAACGGAGCCCGAAUUCCCGAGCACAAUGACUCACGAAUCGGACUACGAGUUCUUCGAAGAUUUGGCUCAGUGGUGCGCCGCACCCGCCGCGGCCGCAGCGGCACAGUCCAUUGACAUCCCGAUUUGUACUGAAGACAGGGCACACAACACCGACACACUGCACACACCGUUCUCGCCGCAAGGUUGGGACGUUUUCGACGUUAACUCUUCGGCCCAGGCAAGCUUCUACAAGCCCGCGGCCGAUCCGCUCUCCCCGAGCGCGGACGGCUCGGUCGACUUCUACAGUAAAUAUCGGCCGCUCGAGCACGAGAACAAGAUUCCAUUCUCCGAGCAGUUCCUAGACAUUAGCAGCUUGCCUGUGGUUAUAGAAGAUUUAGCGUCGAGGGGAGCCGCCGAUAUGGCGCCGUGGGAAGUCCCGGCGCCGAUCGGCUGGCACCCACACGACACAGAACACAACAAAAACAACAUUAACAUACACAACACAAUGCCCUUUAUCGAAGAAGAUUCACUGGAUAUGAAAAUGGUUUCGGUAAUACCGCGGGAAGUGGAGAGUAAUGACGUAGUUAUAUCUGAGUUUAUCUUAAACGACCAACUGGACGUCGUCGAAGGACCGGCCUGGCACAACGACGACGAUAUCAUCAGCACGCCAGAGGUUUUAAACUACGUCGAACAGCUAGAGACGGAGAAAUGUACACUCCCCAGCCCGACGCCGGUAUCACCAGACUGGCCGACGCUGGACGCUUCCACGGACACCAUCACUAAAGCGGAAGCCUCGCCGCCGAUGGACUACGAGCCCAUCACACCCAAGUCUGAAUCUCACAACGAGGUCGAAUCCGACAACGACGACGUCAAAUCCUACUCUAGCAAGAAGAAACGUCGGGACAGUGAGGAUUCAGACACGACGUAUGUGCCAUACACGGAGCACUCGCCGCGACGGUACAGGAAAAGGAAGCCCAGCAUACCUAUCAAGGACAUGAUCCGCGCACUGGAGGGCUCGCAGCAGCUGAAGCCGACGAGGCGCGGCCGUCCGCCCAAACGCAGGGAGAGCACCGUCUCCUCCGUGUGUAGCGUGGACGAGACCUCCUCCUCAGCCUCCACGCACGAGCUGCGGUACAGGGAGCUGAGAGACAAGAACAAUGAGGCAUCCAAAAGAUCCAGAAUGAAUCGGAAAUUGAAGGAAUUACAAAUGGAACAGCUGGCGAUUGAAUUGGAGGAGAAAAAUAAAAAAUUAAGGGUCAGAGCUGAGAUCCUGGAGGAAAUGACGAAGAAGAUCCGCGCCGACUUCAUGGCGGCCGUAUCCCAGAACCGGCUGAACAGUUAAAGCUGACGGACGCCUCGGCCUGAUGAGAUUAGAUGCAAUUUAUUUGUAUAAAUCUAUAUUCGUAGAUGAUGCCUAACGCGUUUCGGAUGCUUUAAUAUUUAGCGGUAAUUCCGUAAUUUCUGUGAAUAUGGAUUGUAGAUUCAAAAUCUACAUAUGACAUAUCAUUUUGUUUGCUUCAUUGCUUAACAUAAUAACCUCUACCCGGAUAUGACAAAAAGACAAGUCUUCAGAUGAGACAAAUGUCUUCACGUAAGACAUGGCGAUGUCUUUAAUAUUAUUGUAGUCUACCAAAAGACUAAAAAAACAAGAAAAUGUAUUUCUUAAGAU